AAAACCAAGAUGGCCAAAUACCACUUGACAGCCAUCACUGGACUCCUCGCAGCCCAAGCCAUCGCUGGGGGUCUCAAUGUUCCUCUACCGGACAACAAUUUUUUCGACUACAUCGUGGUUGGUGGCGGUCCGGCAGGCCUCACAGUUGCGAACCGUCUUAGCGAAAAUGCCAACGUCCAAGUCCUACUACUCGAGUCUGGGGAUGCCGAUAACUAUCCCGAGAGCAUCAUGAUCCCAUACUAUCAAGGUGCAGCUGGAUCCGUCAAUGGGAAAUGUGGUGGAUUCAAUUGUAGAACAAUACCACAGGGCAAAGGCUUGGGCGGUGGUACGCUCAUCAAUGCUAUGCUAUGGAAUCGUGGCGAUCAAGAAGACUACGAUACCUGGUCGAAACUUGGAAACGACGGGUGGGACUACGAUUCACUUCUUGAGUUCUUUCAGAGGGCAAAUGAGAUCGCAACGACCUAUGGCCAAGGGUACGAUGCUUCUCAGCAUGGCGAAUCUGGUCCGCAGAAUGUUUCGUUCCCGGCAUUUCAAUACCCCGCGAGCCAGCAUUUCUUUGCUGCUCUGAACCGCAUAGGAGUACCGACACAGCCUGAUCCUGCGGCACCGACCGAGAAGGGAGCCAUGUUCCUCCCUCAAGGCAUUUCUCAAGUAAAUCAGUCUCGUGCAGACGCACGUCGCGCCCGAUGGGAUCCAGUCGCUGGGCGUGAGAACUUUUAUGUCUCCACUGGCCAACACGUCCGCCGUGUUCUGUUUGAUGGUGGCUGCGGUGCUGCUGGAAACCAGGACGCCCGAGCUGUGGGAGUCGAGGUCUCAGCUGGACACAACGGCAGGGUGUGGACUGCGGUGGCCGCUCGAGAAGUGAUCCUCGCCGCUGGCGCUCUCCGUACUCCUCAGCUCUUGGAACUCUCUGGUAUUGGAGACAAGAGUGUUCUCGCUAAGGCUGGUGUACAAAGCCGCAUUAAUCUACCCGGAGUAGGCAAUAACUUGCAGGACCACAUGCUUAUGCAUAUGACACAAGGCUUCAACAACCAGAGCUACGUGUACCCAAACAUCAUGCAGAAUUCAACCAUCAACGACUGGGCAAGAUCAGUGUACUACAAGAACCGCACUGGACCUUAUACCUUUGGACCUCCAGAUGGCAACGGCUUCUUUUCGCUCCCUCAAAUCUCGGACCGCGCACAGGAGAUUGCUCAGAACGCCUCAUCAUUCGCCGAUGAAGAUUACCUGGCUAAUGGGCUGGAUGAGAGUGUGAUCCGUGGCUACGCUCGUCAACGAGCUCUUCUUGUUCUUGCUCUUAACAACAGCAGGCGUGCUGUCAUCGAGUUCCUGCAGGAUAACGCAGGCAACACCCAAAUUUCCAACCAGCGCCCUUUCACUCGUGGUAAUGUUCACAUCAACGGAACGGACCCCUUCAAUUAUCCUACUCUUGAUUUCCGUUAUGGCAGCAACCCUGUUGAUAUGGCUGUCAUGAUGGACGCAUUGCGUUUCAACGACGAGUUGUUUCAACAGCCAGAGCUUCAGAUUCUCCAGCCAGUUCAGAAAGACCCUCCCCACGCCGCCAGUGAUGCUCAACUCCAGGAGUUCUUGAAUCGCGCUCUGGGCACUGAGUUCCACCCAUCGUGUACGGCAGCCAUGAUGCCUAGGGAAGAUGGUGGUGUCGUCGACUCUAAUUUGCUGGUAUACGGAACACAAAACAUCCGUGUGGUAGACGCCAGCAUUUUCCCGAUCGUUCCUGCUGCUCACCUCGAGUCUGUCAUCUACGCUGUUGCCGAAAAGGCUGCAGACUUGAUCAAGAAGUCUGACGAAAAGGGCAACGUUCCUUAUCUGCCUCUCGAUCAGACUCAGUGUACCACAGCAUCCAAAGGCAACACUAAACGUGCAGUGCACAUUGAUCAGCCCGAGGCGUAUAGUUCUGUCACGGCUUCGUAUUCUGCAUCAUCAUCGUCGUCGUACUCCAGCUCCGCCUCCAAUUCAAGCAAUAGCGCCGGAUCGUACGACAGCUCGUCAAGUGUGCCCGAUCUAUCUGGACAUUCGGAAAUUUCAGGUGACGGACCCGUCGGUAUGGUCGGAGGGUUCCCUGCUGUUGGUUACCCCAAUUACAAUCCUUCAGGUACCAAGGGCUUCGACAUUCUAGCGUCUGAUCGUCCGGCUUCCAUUGGUCUUCCUGUCGGAGCUGCACUGGAAUGGGCAGACUGUCUUAUCAGUGGCCUUGUUGUUGAUCCUCUAGAAGGUCUCAUACGCACUGUCGAUGGUGUUGUGAACCAGACAGGUCAUGUGCUACAAAACGCGACUGGCAGUGUUCUUGGGGGUGUAGGAGAAGUCCUGAACCACACUGUCGUGGCUACAGUCAAAACAUCAGGUCUCGGCUCUGACAUUUUGAAUGGCAUGGGUGCGAAGAAUGAACGACGCUUUGUCGCUUGA